AAAAAUCUAGUUUGAGGACCCGUAGGGGCGAGUGCAUGAGUUGUCGUACAUUGAGCCUUGGUGGUCGGAUGGCGUUUUGAGAGUUGCCUGCCUUGUUGUUUUAUCUGCGUGGCUUUCUUCCGGGGAACUUCGUUGUUUUUGUGUCCAAUCGCGGCUAGCCUCGUGUAGUCAACGCUAGUCAAUUGGGGAUAGCCCUCGCUAUCUAGAGCUUGGGCUUGCUGCCUUACCGAGGUCUAGUUUCUUUUACAAUGGCAUACCAGUUUUUGAACCACUUGAGAACACUCGAAGAUUGCGACCGGCAGCUUCAGUCCCCAGGGGCAGCACUACUCACAGCUGAGGAACAGGAACAUCUGAAAACCUGUGAACGCUUAAUUAUUGAAGCCGAGGAAGCUGAGCAGGACGCUAUCAGUUUGCUCAAGCCGGGCAAGACCAAAGCAACGAAAGAGGCGUAUUCGCAGUCGGUUGCCCGCUAUAAGAAAGCCACGGCAGAAGUAAUUCGAGAGAUUGAGCGCAGGCAGCCAUUUUAUCUGGAACUGCGGGCUCGGGAAGACACACGUCGCGCCAUCUUCAUGCGCAAGUCACAGCUCAGCCAGGCCUUCGCGGCUGGGGCGAUCGUUACGACCCAGGAGGGACACGGUGCGCUGGCGCCGGUCCCACAAGUUGAGCCUCCGGCUGGUGGGGCAACGGGACAGGGACCAGCGGGGUUGGGACAACCGGCAGCAGCAGUUCAGCCGAUAACAGCGGCAGCAGCAGCGAGGCAGGUUGCAACCGCAGCAGCAGCAGCAACCACGGUGCCCGUACAAGACGCACAUGUGCUGGGUAUUGAGGAACAGGUGGAUACCGAGGGCUUCCCGGCCCUAGCUCAGACACUAGGCCCGUUGGCCCCCCCUGCCGUUAGACAGGCGGCGCCCCAAGGGGCCGCUCACGUCUUGACAGAGCGCCCGGAAAGGGGAGUGAGGAGGGCGGUGGAAGGUCCGCUGGAGGCGGCGGUGCUGCCGCCAAGCAAGGUCCCCCGGCGCCUGGCGGUCCAGGGCGCCGGCAUCUUGGACUCCUGGCUGGACACGUUGGCGACGGGGCCGGGCGCGGGCAUGACGGCAACGGGGGCUUAACGGUCGGCGCUGGGACCGUUCUAGAAGACCCUUACCUCCAGCAUUGACAUGGAGGACACCGCGGCCAUGGCGCCAUUCAUGAGCGAGUUGCUAGCGGUAGCGGGUGUGCAGCGGCUGUCUACCAACCAAGACAUCUUCAACAGUCAUGCCAAGAGCGUCAUCAGCGCUAGCGUGUCGCUGGGCGAGGCCGCGCUGCAGGAGGUGGCGAGGGCGCAGACUACGGACGAGCAAGCACGGAGCUUGAUGGUUGCCACCGCAGCUUACAAGCGGGCGCAGGAGGCGCAGCAGGUCCAGUCCGAGGUCAGCAAGCUCACGCGCUACACUACCUUUCCCAAGGCCAUGCGUUGGCUAAAGGAGGGAGACCCGGAUAAGCUCAACCUACUGCGCGGCCUCUCCUCUUUCAGCAAGGAGGACUUGACCGACAUCCUGUGCAGCGCGACGGGUCAGGGCACCUCCAGCAACCGAGCAGCGGCCAGGGAGGCGCCCCUCCCGCGUCCGAGCAGCGGGUCCGCAGGCAGCCACGGCGAUGCACAAUAGCGCUGUUUUGUCUGCGACGCGGCCACAGGUUCCGCCACUGCCCCACGCUGGUAGGCCUCCCGGAGGAUGAGCGUGACAGGAAGCUAGCGGCGGCGCGCAGGCGCAUGCCGCGGAGGAACUAGGAACUUCAUGCGCCCGCCAGGGACAUGGCGGGUGCCCCAGGCGCCGCCGCCGCGGGGGCCGGUGGCGCGGGGUGGCUGGCGGGCGCAUCGGGCGGUAUGGGCGACACUCAUGCAGUGAACAGCAGCAAGCUGUUGGGACACGUGGUGGAGACGGAGGGCCGGUGGUCAGAGGCGCUGGUAGGGCCCCUGGAGGCUUUGAUGCAGCGGCGCUGGCCCUGAGACAGGGCGCCAUGGUGGCGGAACAUGGCCAGCCGGUGGCGACAUCCCCAGCAGUGCCCGCCACGGCGCAGCCAGGGGAGGCACGGCCUAGAUGCCCGUCCACACAUCAGGCGGGCGCGGCGGCUCGAGGGCGGCCCCCAAUGGCAGAUCCAGUCGGCAGGCCAUCGGUAGCACAUGGGAGCAGCAGCACCGUGGCGCCUGCAGCGCCGCAGGGAGGUGCAGUGGCAGGGGCGAGCAGCAGGACGGUAACUACACCACCACCACGCUAGGUGCAGCUAACGCCUGAGGCCAUAGAGGACUUGGAGUUCUGGUGGGGGGUCCUUCGGUCGGAUUCGCCAGUGUGGGACGGCGUCAAGCAGUGCGCUGUAGCGGACCUCGACCUGGUGAGGGGGGAGUUUGGGGGCCCCAGUGGUGCAGUCAUCUUCACCGACGCCAGCGGCUGCGGCGCUGGCGCGGCCUGGGGCCCCGCGGAGCGGCAGGGGCCGUGGUCAGCGGCGGAGAAGCAGCUACACAUUGCUUGGCUGGAGCUGAAGGCGGUGCUGAUCCGCUGCGACAAUACUCAGGCCGUGGCUGCGAUCAGGCACGGCUCCACCCGCGUGCCGGAGGGCCGCAGCGUCAGCCGGCUUAUGGUGGAGCUUGCGAUCCGGCAUGGGUUUGAGCUCCGGGCGGAGCAUAUCUCGGGCGUCGAGAAUGUGCGCGCAGAUCGCCUCGGCCGGCAGCUCAGCACCGCAUGGCGCACCGCCGCUGCUUAGGGCUGGCAGCCGGCGACUACCCGGGUGGGUGGUACCUUUGCGCCGGCUGCGUGUUGGCGGCGGCAGGCAUUGGGGCGGAGGCUGCCGAGGGCUACGUGAGCGGA